GCUCGGCUCGGCGGGGCCGGCGCCCAUGGCGUGUCUGCCCGCCGGGGACAGCCCGGCCGCCGCCGCCCGCCGGCUCUACUCCAGGAUGGAGGCGUCAUGUCUGGAACUGGCCCUGGAAGGGGAGCGUUUGUGCAAGGCUGGGGACUUCAAAGCUGGGGCAGCCUUCUUCGAAGCAGCAGUGCAAGUGGGGACAGAGGACCUGAAGACUCUCAGUGCCAUCUACAGUCAGCUGGGCAAUGCCUAUUUCUACCUAAAGGAGUACUCCAAGGCCCUGAAGUACCAUAAACACGACCUUACCCUGGCCAGAACCAUUGGGGACCGCAUUGGAGAAGCCAAGGCGAGUGGCAACCUUGGGAAUACACUGAAAAUACUUGGGCAGUUUGAUGAAGCUGUUGUUUGUUGCCAGAGACACCUGGACAUUUCUCAGGAGCAGGGAGACAAGGUAGGUGAAGCCAGAGCACUCUAUAACAUAGGAAAUGUUUACCAUGCAAAGGGAAAGCAUUUAUCUUGGAACAUGGCCCAAGACCCAGGCUACCUGCCUCAAGAAGUCAAGGAGACGCUACAGAAAGCUUCAGAAUAUUAUGAGAGGAACCUGUCCCUGGUGAAGGAGCUGGGGGACAGAGCUGCACAGGGCCGUGCUUAUGGCAACCUUGGCAACACUCAGUACUUGCUUGGCAACUUCAGUGAAGCCAUAGCCUUUCACAAGGAGCGCCUGGCCAUUGCUAAGGAGUUUGGGGACAAGGCAGCCGAGCGGAGAGCCUACAGCAACCUGGGCAACGCACACAUCUUCCUCGGGAGGUUUGACAUCUCUGCUGAGUACUACAGGAAAACACUUCAGCUCUCCAGACAACUCAAAGACCAAGCAGUAGAAGCCCAGGCUUGCUACAGUCUUGGAAACACAUACACACUGCUUCAAGACUAUGAAAAAGCAAUUGAGUACCAUCUGAAGCACCUGGUGAUAGCACAGGAGCUGGGAGACAGGGUGGGAGAAGGAAGAGCCUGCUGGAGUCUGGGAAAUGCCUAUGUCUCCCUGGGGAGCCAUGAGCAAGCUUUGCACUUUGCAAGGAAACAUCUUGAAAUCUCCCAAGAGAUCAGGGACCGGAGCGGUGAGCUGACAGCACAGCUCAACAUGGUCCAGCUCAAGGCAGCGCUUGGCUUGGACCCUGGAGAUGAGGAUGUGGCUGCAGCUCAUCACUAUUCUGGCUAUGAAGCACAAGGAGCCAGGCCAAAGAGACUCCAAAGGAACAGCAUGGACAGCUUAGACCUCCUGAAGUUCCCUUCUGAAAAGGACCAGAAUGGGGACAGCCAUCACGUGGGAGACAUGAAGAUCUCAGGAAAAGAGUUCUUGUCAUUACCUGCGAGGUCAAAGAGAUACCGGGAGCACCAAUCCGGGUCUGAGAGGUCCCAGCGGCCAAGCGCAUCCCCAUCCCCGCUGGACACCAGCCAAGUCCGAGUCCAGCUGCCACAGUCGAAGAUCAAGCGGAGCCCUUCGGAUGAGGAAUGUUUCUUUGACCUGCUGAGCAAGUUCCAGAGCAGCCGGAUGGACGAUCAGCGCUGCCCGCUGGAGGAGGGCCCGGCCGGGGCUGCCGCCGCGCUGGGCGAGCGCAUCUCACAGUCCUCCCUGAUGGCAUCUCCGCAGACAGAGGAGUUCUUCGAUCUCAUCGCCAGCUCCCAGAGCAGGCGGCUGGAUGACCAACGCGCCAACGUGGGCAACCUGCCCGGGCUGCGGAUCACACACAACAACCUGGGGCACCUGCGCGUGGAGGGGGACGCCCAGGAGCCCGGGGACGAGUUCUUCAACAUGCUCAUGAAGUGUCAGUCCUCCAGGAUAGACGACCAGCGCUGUGCCCCGCCAGACUCCAUCCCCCGUGGCCCCACCAUGCCUGAUGAAGACUUCUUCAGCCUCAUCCAGCGCGUGCAGGCCAAGCGCAUGGACGAGCAGCGGGUGGAUCUGGCCUCGGCCCAGGACGAGGCAGCAGAGGAGGAGCAGCAGCAGCAGCAGCAGCAGAGGCCUGGCUCCAGCUAAGAGCUGGGGUUGGCCUUGGGGGGGGUGUUUUGGUUUCAUUUUGGGUUUUAAAAAGGAAAAGGAAGCGAGAGCAGUGCAGGUGCUGGAGGCCGGGAGCCGCUGCACGGGCACAGCCUGCGGCCGAGCUCCCACGGGCAGGGACUCGGGGGUGGGACACAAAGGCGACUUUGGCAGCCCCUUGUCACCUGAAUUCCAGGAACUCGUGUCAUCAGCCCCAGGAGGAGCCCAGGGCAGGCACUGAACUCCUGCCUUGAUGUCUUGGUUUCCUUUGGAAGCCCCUCCUGGCCUUGCCCACACCACAAGGUGACACAGACUGCUCUGGAUGCUUCCCUGGAAGGUCUGGCUCAGCUCUGCUCUUUCUACAGGAGGAAAUGAGCCCAAGUCCUUUUGAAGCCUCCCUCUGCCCCAGCUGCAGUCACAGUCCCACACAGCUGAGGUCUGAGGUCUGUGGAGGACUCUGUGCCAGCUCUGCUCCCAGUGCAGGCCUGGGAGAGCUGUGACGGGCACUGCUGAGCAGGAGCAAAGUGGGUUGGGGUCCCUGUGGAGCAGUAGCUCCGGCUCCAGCCGGGGCCUGAGCCCGACUGGCUGCUGCCUCACACCCCAGGAAGGGCUCAGCCCCCUGCUCAGCACCCGUGGGCAGCUCCUGGCUCCUGCUGCUGCAGGGCUGAAGGUGGGUGCAGGACAGGCCUGUGUGCAGCUGUGUGCCCGAGGCAACGCUUCCAGAGCAGGAGAACCAGAACCAGCCCCUCCUGCUGCUUGUGUCCCACUGCUGUCGGGUAACAGCCCCUCACUGCACCCCCAGCACAGAGCUCCCCCAGCUCUGCCCCCUCUGUCCCUGUCCCCUCGCUGGGAGGGGGAAAAAGGGCUGGGAAGGCAGUCCCACCCCACACCAACCACAGGAGCCCACCUUCCCUGUCAUCCCUCCCCCUUUCGGAACAGCUGGAGGAGGGAGUGGAGCAGCAGGUGGGCUUGAGGAGGGGAAGCAUUUUGUCUUUGCUGUUGUGGACUUCAGAAACUCCAGCAAUGAGCUCUGCCAAAGCAGAUGUGUUCCUGCAGAGAACAAAUCAGCACUUUCCACUGGAAAUCCAGCGGAUGAAAACCUUUCCAGCCAGCAGGAGGACUUUUCAGAGCAGUGGUGCUGCUCAUGGGGCAGUGACCCUGCCUGCAGACACGGGCAGCAGCGGCUGCAUCACCCACGUCCUGCAGCUCUACCCCCGGGCCUGGGGCUGCCCACACCCCUGGAGAAGGGGCAGAAGAAGCUGCCCAGGCAGCCCCUGCCCGUGUUUGUGCCCAGGAGGAAACCUUUGAGAGGCAGAGGACCGGAGCAGCUGCAGCUCAGCUCUCAGUGGCGGUGAACUGGAACCUGCCCGUUGAGCUUUCAGAGGUGUUACAAUGAUUUGCCAUAUACUUGAAUGUAUGAGCUUAUUUAUUUUUUACAUGUGCAUUUGCUAAAUGUCCUUUUAAUGGGGAAUUUCCAACCCACAGGUACCUUUUUUCUAAAAAAAAAGAAGAAGAUAGUCUGCCAAAUGAAUUAAUAUAUUAGAAACAGCUCAAGGCGAGGUUGUGCUUAAUAAAUAUUUGUGUCUAAGCUUCA